GUGUUAACACAUACAUAAAAUACCCACUUCUUAAACCUUUCUUUCUCUCCAAGAUUAUAUUGCUGUAAAAACUUCCGAUUCUACUAAUAAUAAUAAUAUUGUCUUAUUAAUGAUGAGCCGGAGCGCAACCAGGAUGGCGCGUUCAAUGCUAGGCCACGUGGGGCCUCGCUAUUUUUCUACCACCGUCGUGCGUGGCGGCGCUGCAACUGAAGCAGCAAGAAUCGGGGCCGCCGCUACCAUUUUCCGUGGUCAUCCUAGAAAGGUGGACGUGCAACCGUGGAUGAUGAGGUUCUCAUCAGUUGUGGGGAAUCGCAACGCCAGUACUUUGGCUUUGGGAGAAAAGCACCAGGAUCAGGAUGAUGAAAUGGCCGAAAGCGGCGGAUCAAGUGGAGGCGCCGCCGCUGGUGGUGGUGGUGGGAAUGAUAACAACAAGGAGAUAAUGAGUUACUGGGGGGUUGAGCCUGCAAAGAUUACCAGAGAAGACGGCUCCGAAUGGAGGUGGAACUGCUUUAGACCAUGGGAGACAUACAAAGCUGACGUGUCAAUAGAUCUUGACAAGCAUCAUGUGCCCACUACCUUCUUGGACAAGAUGGCCUAUUGGACUGUCAAGGCCCUUAGAUUUCCUACUGAUGUCUUUUUUCAGCGGCGUUAUGGAUGUCGUGCAAUGAUGCUCGAAACAGUGGCGGCGGUGCCUGGAAUGGUCGGAGGAAUGCUAUUGCAUUGCAAGUCCCUACGGAGAUUCGAGCACAGCGGGGGUUGGAUCAAAGCACUUCUAGAAGAAGCGGAAAACGAGAGAAUGCAUCUAAUGACAUUCAUGGAAGUAUCUCAGCCAAGGUGGUACGAGCGUGCCUUGGUGUUCACUGUGCAAGGCGUCUUCUUCAACGCCUACUUUUUGACCUAUCUAAUAUCCCCCAAGAUGGCUCACCGUGUAGUGGGAUAUUUGGAAGAGGAAGCAAUACAUUCGUAUACAGAGUUCUUGAAAGAGCUUGACAAGGGCAAUAUUGAAAAUGUUCCUGCCCCUGCUAUUGCGAUUGACUAUUGGCGCCUCCCUCCAAACUCUACCCUACGUGACGUUGUUGUUGUUGUUAGGGCUGACGAGGCUCACCACCGUGAUGUCAAUCACUUUGCUUCCGAUAUUCAUUAUCAGGGACGCGAACUGAAUGAAGCUCCGGCCCCAAUUGGAUAUCAUUGAAUAUAUUAUAUUGAACAGAGAGAGGAUCAUAUCCUGCAAUAUUUUUCGAAGAAAAAACAAAAAAAAAAUAUUAGAAGGGAAUCUCCCAAGCAGUCUCUGGUGUCCAGGUAAAUGGAGCUGCUUUCAAGAUACGGUAGGAAUUAAUUAAGAUAUAUAUAUAUAUAUGUGCAUAUAUGUAUUUAAAAAACAAGGAUUCAUGUAAAAUUAGGGCAUCAAAUUGAGUGUGUAAUGGAUGAGAUUGAGUGAGAGGAUUCAUUUGUAUACGAUUCUUCUAUCCAACAGCGUCAAGCUGGGAACGUGACUACUGAUACUUCAAUAUUCUCAAAUAUUUACGGCGAACUCUUGACAAGGCAUAUUACACUGCUUGCAUCUUGUAAUAUGUAGUGAUUUUGGAAGCCAAAGGAAGCACCAAUAGACAUGGGAACAAUAAUACAAUGUGUAUAUAUGUGAUAAGAUCGUGUAUAUAUGUUUGUGUACGUACGUGUAUUGUGCCGAAAUCAGGAAUUUAUCUAAGGGUGUUUGAAAUUGAUUAUAUAAAAAAA